UCCAUGAAACAAUAUCAAUUACGGACACAAACUAAAGAAUCCCCUCCUCAGCCUUCAAUGGGGGACAUGGAAAAGGAUCAGGCCAAGCCCCUAGCCUACCCGUCGCCCCCAGCCUAUCCGUCGCCCCCAGCCACCCACUUCAACGGACCCAUCGCCGACGAAGAGGAAUCCAGCAGGUGGAACUCGUCCCAGUACCUCCGGAAGCGCCGCUGCCUCCUCUUCUGCUGCGGGUGCUGCAGCGCCGCCGUCAUCCUCCUCGGCGUCACCAUCCUCGUCCUCUCCCUCACCGUCUUCAAGAUCAAAGACCCCAUCCUCACCAUGAACGCCAUCCACAUCCACGGCUUCGACGUCGGCUGGGGCACCGACCACCCGCUCUCCAUCAACGCCACCCUCACCGCCGACGUCUCCAUCAAGAACCCCAACGUGGCCGCCUUCGGCUACGGCAGCAGCGUCACCGAGUUCUACUACGAGGGGAAGACGAUGGCGGUCGCGUACGCCCCCGGCGGGCACGUGUCGCCUCGCCGGAUGGUGAGGAUGAACGUGACGGUGGACGUUCUGGCCGACAGGGUGGCGAAGCUGUCCAACUUCACGAGCAAUAUUCUAAUCGGCGAGACGGUCAACCUGACGAGCUACACGGACGUGAAGGGAAGCGUGAACGUGCUGGGGAUCUACAGACGGGACAUGGACGUGAUGAUCAACUGCACCAUGACUUUGGAUUUGUCUUUGAUCGACCAAGAGGUGGCAAAUAAAGCAUGCCAAGCUACGGUCAUGUGAGUAGGAAGAAUUUAUCAUGCUGCGUUUUUGGUGGAGAGUACCGGGAUCCCCUGUGUGUGCGUUGGCUGGUUUCAAUUCAAGGGAGGAAGAUCAAACCGUGUAGAACAUUGCUGGGCGCACAAUUAUAUUUAUUCUUGGUGCAUGAUAUCUUCACAGGGACUGUGUACAAUUGUUAUUGGGCAGUUAGGUGACGUUGAAAAGAAGCACAAGAUCUUAUUGGUGAUUGCUGCAGACUUAUUUUAAAGAUAUUUGGUAUGUAAACGGACAAAUUACUGCUCUUAUGAUAUGCAUAGAGAGAGAGAGAGAGAGAGAGAUUGCGUGUGUCAGGUCGGUACAUUUGGUCUUAAAUACAUUAUAGUGGAAAUCAGUGAUUUUCCUUUCAAAAUAAAAACUGGCACCGUUGAUCA